AUGAUACCAGUGAGAAGAUUAUGUUUUACUAGAUCCAGCGAUUCACCACAAAAAUACAACGAUUAUUUCGAAGUACCGAUUAAUCUUGAUGUGAUACUCUUUAUUGUUCAUGGAUUAGUUCAAGCUGAAGGGUUUUUUAACAUAGAUUUGAGUAAGAUAAUAAUGGCCAUUAUUAUUCAUUCAUUCGAAGAGGAUAGUAGUAGUUGGUUCAAAUUCGGUUGUAUUGAUAUAACUGAAUGGCAUCUGAACAACAAGAUGGUUAUUUAUCUUGAAUCAGUAAUUUAUUCAUCUUGGUUCACUUUUUCUGGUUAUGUAAUUAUUACACUCGUUCUAUGUGAAAUGAGACAAGAUUGUGACAAAGCCAUCCACGGUAGUGGUCUCGCAGACGUAAAUAUUAUUUUUUCGAACGUUUCUAUUGCAAGAGAUUGUCCGAUUUCAAAAUUGAUGCUGUUUAUAAGACGAAUGAUACGAUAUGUCAUAUGUUCAUCACUUUGUCACUUACUAUCCCUUGCAACUACUUCACCGAAUUUAACGUUCAAUAUACCCAAUAUAUAG